ACAAUUGUAUUUAUUUUGGGAGGGACCAAGAGGGUGCCUGGUAGAGCCGGGUUGGGGGGGGGGGAAUGCGAGCGCAAGGACGCGGCUGCGGGCUGGCUGCGCGAGGUGUGAGUGUGAGGGUGAGUGUGUGUAUGUGUGAGUGAGUGUGUGUGUGCGUGCGCGCUCGUGUGCCGGCUCGGCACCUCCAUUCAUCGCCGCCCCCUCCCCUGAAGUCCCCUCCCCCGCCGGCCUCCGCGCUUGGCUGCGAGCGAGCGAGCUAGCGGAGGCGCCUCCGGACCGACCGACCCACCGACCGGCCGACGGACUGACAGAGCCCGGGAGCCAGCGGGGCAGCGGCGGCGGCGGCCCCGGGCGGCCGAGAGGGAGAAGAUGCCGUUCCAUCAUGUGACAGCUGGCUUGUUGUAUAAGGGGAAUUAUCUGAAUCGGUCCCUCUCCGCAGGCAGUGACAGUGAACAGCUUGCUAACAUCUCAGUGGAAGAAUUGGACGAAAUCCGUGAGGCCUUUAGAGUUCUGGACCGGGAUGGGAAUGGCUUCAUCUCCAAGCAGGAGCUGGGCAUGGCCAUGCGCUCUCUGGGCUACAUGCCUAGUGAGGUGGAGUUGGCCAUCAUCAUGCAACGCCUGGACAUGGACGGGGAUGGCCAGGUGGAUUUUGAUGAAUUCAUGACAAUCCUGGGCCCCAAGCUGGUGUCUUCGGAAGGUCGAGAUGGUUUUCUUGGGAACACGAUAGAUAGUAUAUUCUGGCAGUUUGACAUGCAAAGGAUAACGCUGGAGGAGCUGAAGCAUAUCCUGUACCAUGCAUUCCGGGAUCACCUAACGAUGAAAGACAUUGAAAACAUUAUUAUCAAUGAAGAAGAGAGCCUGAAUGAGAACUCGGGAAACUGCCAGACAGAGUUUGAAGGAGUGCAUUCCCAGAAGCAGAACAGACAGACCUGCGUCCGGAAGAGCUUAAUAUGCGCCUUUGCCAUGGCCUUCAUUAUCAGUGUCAUGCUGAUCGCGGCCAAUCAGAUCCUCCGCAGCGGCAUGGAGUAGUAAGUAGUCUCUCACCCGACACUGUGAAACCAAACUCGCCAUGCAUGUGCAUGCCCGGUGGGCAGACUUUUUUCUCCAUGAAACCGGAAAGGGAACGAGGUGGACAACAAGACGCUUUCGGCAAAGGGAACCCGAGGCCGGCAGGACGACCCGUCUUGAGAACCAGCUCCAUCUUCUUGUCAGGGACACCAAAGGGCUGUCUUCAAUGCUUUAAUAGUUUUGUUUCCUAAUGCAAUAAAAUUUAAAAAAAAAUAAAAACCCGGGGAGUUCUGAAUUCUUGCUUCAGCCAUCAAUAGGAACUCUGAGGAGAAGCUUCAUUUCCAUCUGGGACGGACGUGUGGUGGACUAAGCUGGGAGUUGGAAAGAGAGAGAGAGAGAGAUCGGAGACUGAGCGCGAGCUGCGAUUGCGCCCGGCCAACUCCCAUACAUCCAACCCAAAGCUUGGCCACCAGCAGACUCUUUCUGGGGGUGGGUCUGUUUAGGCUCUACAGAAGCUGACUUUGGUGUAUCUGCAAAGAAGGCCACCCUUUCAUCCCCUUCAGCUUCUUCCGUCCACUCCCAAAGGAGCCCCUGCGGUCUGAGGGCAAAGCCAUUGUACAGGGUCAUGGUUUUCAAGUGAUAGCACGCCUCAGCGGUGUGCGUGUGUGUUUGCGUGCUAUUCCUACUUUUUUUUUUAAACUGCCUUGGACAUGGGACUUUUGUUGGCAGAAUUGAGGGCUGGGGAGGAGGGCUUUGGGUCUCCAUUUGCAGUUUCUUUCUGUCCCCAGCGCAGAUAGGGGAAGCUCCUUUUAUGCACCAGCAUCUUGGAAUCUGCAUAGAGCCUUUUUUCCCAAACUUGCCUCCUGCGCAGCCAUUAGAGAGAGAGAGAGAGCGAAAGAAAAAAAAAAGAAAAUAUGUGUGUAUAUGUAUAAAUAUAUAGAUAUAUUUGGCUUCCUUAUGUAUGUGCCCAACUGUGCCAUUGUCCAUUCUAACUUUUUUUGUUUCUGCUAUAAAUCAAUCCCUUAGCAAAGCAAUUAUUAUUAUUAUUAUUGUUAUGAUUAUGAUUAUGAUUGUUAUUCUUUUUUCUUAGAGUAUAUGGGGAUGGAAUGUUUUAAACCCUCCAACUGUGUGUUAUCUUUGGUGAUAGAGAUAAAGAAUGAGCAAAUCUUUCUGCCAUAUCUACUCUGUAGGUGACACUCCUGGAGGAGCAUCUUUCCUUUUCUCCGUCACUCACCCUUCCCCCUUCCCUGUCAGGUUCCAUCAGUGUGUGGGCUCAGGGUAAAAUCAGCUGAACUGAGCAUUUUAAGCCAAAGUGACUGAGAUGGAAAGAUCAAACUUCUAUAUUUUACAUAACAUCUCCUGACAUUCAGAUUCUGCGAUUGACUCAUUUUCAUGGAAGAGAUUUUAAUGAGCUUAGCAAACAAGACAGGUAAUUUACUUUUGCAUGCACGGUAGUGAUGGUGGUGGUGGUAUGGUGGCGGUGGGAAAGAGGGGAACAAAAUGACCUGUUUUCAAUGCAAUCUUAAAAACUGUAAUUUAGUCUCUUUUCCAAGGUGCCGUAUCAGUCCAUUACAAUUAAUUCUCGUCUUACAUAGUCUGAUUAGCGAAUUCUCAUCAGCUGUAACAUUUCUCUGUAAUAUUUCUUGUUGUACUUUUCCAAGCUCGGUUGGGAGCUCAGAAAUACUUCAUUAAAUUCUGUCAUGGGGUUUUUCUGGGUGCAUUCUCAUCUCCAUCCUAAAUCCCCAAACUUUC